CAGACGGAAAAUGGCUGCUCUAAGGGGAGCAUGCUGUCGGCUUGGAAAUAAGAAACUAAAUGCAACAGUGGUUGUCUCAGGAAGGUCUUCUUUCCCUGACGAUACAUGUCAUCACAUCGAAAGACGUUGUUCCUCAUCUCUUAUUUUGAAAUCAACUUCAAAAACAAAUUUAUUGUCCGCUGCUCACAAAACCUGUUGUUUACAUAGAAAAAUUCACAGAAGUUCGCCCAACAACAAAAAGGACUAUUAUGAACUUUUAGGAGUUCCAAAAAAUGCAGAUGCUAAGGCUAUUAAAAAAGCUUACUAUGAGCUUGCCAAAAAACACCACCCUGAUGUGAGCAAGAAUGAUGCUGGAUCUGCUAAAAAAUUCCAGGACGUGUCAGAAGCCUAUGAAGUUUUGAGUGAUAGCACAAAAAGACGUGAAUAUGAUACAUUUGGUAUGGGCGGCGGUAUGGGAGGUAUGGGUGGAGCUUCUCGUGGACAGAGUCGAGGACAGGCACAAGGAUUUGAAAAUUUUCAUGGUUCUAUUGACCCUGAGGAAUUGUUCCGUAAUAUUUUUGGCCAAGCAGGAUUUAAGAUGGGAGGAGCAGGAGGAUUUAAUGACUUUACAGAUUAUGAGUCGUCAAAGUGGGGAUUUGCUCCGGCAACUGAGGCCACGUUAGAUUUAAGCUUUCAAGAAGCAGCCAGAGGAGUUAAUAAAGACAUUAAUGUGAAUGUGAAGGACACUUGUCCGAAGUGUAACGGGAAUAAGUGUGAGCCAGGAACAAGUGCUGUCCGAUGUCAUCAGUGUAAUGGCACAGGAAUGGAAGAUUUACAAACAGGUCCUUUUGUAAUGAGGUCAACUUGUCGGGUGUGCUAUGGUGCUAAAAAGAUAAUUAAACAGCCUUGUACAGAAUGUCAAGGAAAAGGCAAUAUUAUAAUGAGAAAAAAGGUUGUUGUACCUGUUCCUGCAGGUGUUGAAGAUGGUCAAACGGUCAGAAUGAUGGUAGGGAAGGAGGAGAUAUUCAUCACAUUUAAAGUAGCUAAAAGUCGAGAUUUCAAAAGACAAGGAGCUGAUUUACACAGUGAAAUACAUAUAAGUGUAGCUCAAGCUGUAUUAGGUGGUACAAUCAGAAUUCCAGGGGUUUAUGAGGAAAUUUUACUUAAUAUACCUGCAGGUAGUCAGUCACAUGAUAGAAUACGAUUGGCUGGUAAAGGUCUAAAGAGAGUUAACAGUUAUGGACAUGGUGACCAUUAUGUACAUCUUCAUAUAAAAGUCCCUGUAUCUUUAAGUAAAGAACAAGAAGCAUUAAUGUUAGCUUAUGCAGAAACUGAGAAAGUCAAAGGCACAGUAAACGGCAUUGUGAAUACAGCACAAGAUUCGGGAGAGAAAUCGGGUGAGAAAACAACUUCUGGGGAAAGAUUAUCUGAGCAUGAUGAUGAUGAUUCAUUUCUUGGGAAGAUAAAAAGAAAAAUCUUUGGAUGAUGAUAGCUUCUUCUAGGAAAUUUUAAUUUAAUAGGUCAAACAGCUGUUGAUGAAAAUGGACUUGUUGCACUAAUACGGGAAGCUUUAGCAGAAGUGGCAGACAAAAAGUUAGAGGAAGGAGAUAAAGAGACGGUAGAUGAGGAAAAAAAGACAGGAUCAGGGAAAAGUUGAUGAAAGGAAACAUUAUCUUGUCUUCUCCUUGUGGAAGAUUGUUUAUAUUACACAUACACAGAAUGUGGAUACCUGUAGGCUGAAGUUUAUACCUGCAUUUAUCAGAUUUCAAUGCUUAUAGGAACACAUUGACUUUGUGAAGCUCAAAAUCCUUAUGUGGGUUAAACUAAUUGAAACAAGUCUAGCAUUUAAUGAAUUUAGGGCUGUUCCAAAAAUUAAAUAUAUUAAUAUAGAAAAGGUGUUUGUGGGGGAGGGGGGAGAGUGUACAGAAGAAUGCCUUAAAUUUCUGCUGAUUAUUUCUAUAAGUGUUGCUCUUUGGUGCUGAGCAAAUCAACUUCAAUCGAUCUAUGAUUGUUCAGGCUAAUAAUCUAUAAUAACCAACACCCAUUAAAUUUUACUAGAAGUCCCCUCCCCUUUCCCCUACUAUUUAUUCUGGAACAGCUCUUAGAAACAGAUGAUAUAAGUUGUUUGUGGUAAAGUUUCUUAUAGAUCUUGCCAUUUCUGGUAAAAUAUCAUGAUUAAUGUAAUAGUGCUGUAAUAUUUUUUUUUCAUCUCUGAAAUUAAAUUUAUGAACAAUUCGUAAUUCUGGCUAAGAGUUGCAUACACCAAAGGACAUACAAUGAUUUUAUUAUGACCCAUGUCUAAAAAUACAAUUCUCUUUCCUUGCCCAACCACAUUUAUUUAAACUGUUUGCUCAUUAUUUUACAUUUUAUUUAAUUCUAGCAUACGGUAGUGUCAUUUUUUUCUGUGAAUGCCAAUGUUUUAUCUAUUGAGCAAAAAUGUAUUUUCAUGGAAAUUGAACCAUAAUCCUUUUCCGUUUUGAAUUUUCCUUUGAGUUCAGUAUUUUUGUGAUUUUACUUUUUUUUCACAAAGUGUAGAAGAUAUAUUUUUGAUCAGUUAAUAUUGUGGUACUCAUUUUUCAACAAAAUCUCUGAAAAUCAGUACAUGAAAUAAAUUAAUGAAAACACAGGAGCCAAUAUAUUUACUCCACAACUUACUUCUGUAACAGAUUAUAAGUAGGAUAUGGUGUUGAAGAAUGUAUUGUGAAAAUGUUUGAAUAAAAAGUUUGUGACUGUGUUCUCAGAGUCCAAUAGUAGUGUAUGAUACAAUUGUUAGAAGUGUUGAGUGAAAUUGAAUGUAGUUAGUGGAUAAUAUUGUUUGUUAUGUUUAGAUAAAGCUCUUACUUUCAUUCUUAGUUACAGCAAAAUGCAAAGAAUGUGUAGGUAAAAGUUAUAUCUUCGUCUUGCUUACUUGCUAGCUGAACACUGAAGUCAUUAUUCAGUAAGGUAAACUACCCUCAUUUUGAAGUAGUCUAGUCCUACAGACAUAUAGAUCGUUAAUCUGUCGUACUUGUCUACUUUGAAAGGAGGGUAGUAUACCUCACCUUAUAAUUACUGUACAGACUUUUCAUAAUUGUAUGAUUUUGUGUUCAACACAUUAAUUGUGUUAAGACAAUUUGAGUCCUUGUCUGUCUGAAAAAGGCUGUGCAUUCAAAGCCAUAGAAAUUUUUUAAUUGUUGAACAUUUGAAUUCAUGGUUCACCUCAUGAAACCACAAAAUUGGUAAUUAACGAAUAAUAAAUUAAUGAAUCCAAAUUAUAUUCUAAAAGUAAGUAAAAGUUUAAAAGCUCAGCUGUAUGACUUUUUAGAAAAGAAACCAAUAAAUUAUAUUAAUGUUGUAUGUUUUAAACAAGUCCAGUAAGAGUGGUUGUUUGAGAAUGUAUUUAAUCUUGAUCAUAUAUGUGAUAUUUCAUGCAAAGUGUUUUUAUAUGUUACGAAAUGAUUAAUAAAUGUAAUACUAUAUAUAAACUAAUUUUAUUUU